AUGGGACAACUCGCACAGCCCAGCGACCACCUGCUCCGCGUGCCCGUCGAGGUGAAUGGGCGCCCGGCCCUCGCCCUCAUCGACACGGGGGCGAGCCAGGUGUUCAUCCACCCCUCGCUGGUACCUCCAGGCACCUUCCGCCCACACCAGGGCGAGCUCCGGCUGGCAACCACCACCCACAACGGCCGGAUGAUGGGACAUGCGGAUGUGAAGAUCAGCGUCGAGACGGCGGUAUCCGGCCUCGGGAGGGCCCGCGUGUUCAGCAUGCUAGAUCUGAAGUCAGGGUACUGGCAAGUAUCAAUCAAACACCAAGACCGGGAGAAAACCGCCUUCACCAUCCCUGAUGGCAGGCGAUUCCAGUACAGGGCCAUGCCUUCCGGCUCAAGUGUGCACCGGCGACAUUCCAAGCAAUGA